CGCAGGCGCGGGGAGCGCCCCCGGCGGUGCGGGACCAUGGCGGGGCCCAGCCUGAGGCCGCACGUGCACUGGGCACAGCGGCACCGCCAGAUCUUCCUCAGGGUGGAGCUCAGCGAUGUGCGGAACCCGGACAUCACCAUCACCGACAAUGUCCUGCACUUCAGAGCUCAGGGUCAUGGUGCCAAAGGGGACAACAUCUACGAAUUUGAGAUCGAGUUCCUUGAGCCUGUCGAGCCUAAACCUGUGUGCAGGGUGACCCAGAGGCAGCUGAACAUCACUGUGCAGAAAAAAGAGAGUAACUGGUGGGAGAGACUCACCAAGCAAGAGAAGCGGCCGCUGUUCCUGGCCCCCGACUUCGACCGCUGGCUGGACGAGUCGGACGCGGAAAUGGAGCUGAAGGAGAAGGAAGAAGAAAAGAUUAACAAAAUGAAAAUAGAAUCCAGAGUCCCAAAAGACCCUUUCAAACACCUAAAGAAGGGAUAUUUGAUCAUGUAUAAUCUUGUGCAGUUUCUGGGAUUCUCUUGGAUUUUUGUGAACAUGACAGUACGACUGUUCAUCUUGGGAAAAGAUUCCUUCUAUGACACAUUCCACACUAUUUCUGAUAUGAUGUAUUUCUGUCAGACCCUGGCAUUAAUGGAGAUCAUGAAUUCACUAAUAGGACUGGUCAGAUCCCCUCUGAUACCUUCUGUCGUGCAGAUAUUUGGAAGGAAUUUUGUUUUGUUUGUUAUCCUUGGAAGCCUGGAGGAAAUGCAGAGCAAACCUGUGGUGUUCUUCAUAUUUUACUUCUGGAGUAUCACUGAGCUGUUCAGGUAUCCCUAUUACAUGCUUUCCUGCAUUGGAAUUGAAUGGAAACCACUGACCUGGCUCCGUUACACUGUCUGGAUCCCUCUCUACCCCUUAGGGGGCUUGUCAGAAGCUGUCUGCAUUGUCCAAUCCAUCCCAAUCUUCAGUGAAACAGGGAAAUUUAGUCUGGGACUGCCAAACCCACUGAAUGUCACAAUCCAGUUCCCAUUUGUGCUUCAAAUAUAUCUUAUAGCCCUGUUUUUAGGGAUAUUUGUAAACUUCCGUCACCUCUACAAGCAAAGGAAACAGCACCUUGGACCAAAGAAGAGGAAGAUGAAGUGAGGGAGGACUGCAAUGCUUUCUUGUCUCACUUGAUGACAAGAUAAGCCUUCAAUUCUUAUGGUUUUACCCUCGUAAUGUAAAGAAUUUUGUAAAAAUGAAACGACCGCGCUAGAUUUCAUGAUUUCAUAGUGAAUUCAGGUAACAUUCCCAUAGCCCUGGAUUUGUUCCCUUUCCGUCACCUGUGCAUGGCAUUUACCAUUGAACAGUUAAACUUGUAUCCUGUCAACCAGCAUAUUAGAAAGAAUCCUAUUAUCUGCAUAUGAAAUGCUUAUAUCAGUGGAGCAGCACUAAAUAGAAAUAGUGUUUAUCUUUUAAUUGGAGAUUGCUCUUUCAAUAUUGCAUGCAGAUAGGGCUUCUGAGGCUGGGAUAUGCCCUCAGCUGGCCUGUGCUUGUUCCUGGGAUGCAUCUUGAUGGCGGAGGAGCACAGUCUGAGACCACUGUGAACAGUGUCUGGGUGUUUAUCAACCACUGGGGUAAACUUGCUCAGCACACUCCCCCCCCCUUUUCUUCUGCAGGAUUAAAACUGGAAGUAGCUAAUGCUGAUUUCAGUGCUAUCACUUAGCCUGUUUCUAGUUCAGCCUUAACAGAACAGAGUGCUGUGUGGACCUGUAUUCCUAUUGCUACACAUCCUACCCAGUCCUGAGGGAAAGGAAGCUGCCCCUCUGAGGCAGAAAUGCUUUCCUGGUUGGCAAAGCAAGCACUGAAACAGAGCAAAAUAAGGAAACAUAGUACCAGCUUUCCUCCUGGCAUGGGAACCCCAAAGAACUCCAUCCCACCCAAAGGGAGAACGUGGAACUGUUGUGGGAGAUGGGGCUCCACUGGUGGAUCCUGGCAGUGCUGUGGCUCCUGUAUUUAUGGCCUUGAGCAAGGCAGCAAAAUUGGUUUUCUACUUCCAUUUAGGGCUGCAGCAAGAGAGUUGGUGUGUCUGGUUUGACUGGCCCCUGGUGGGAUGGAGCAGCAGGUCAAAUAAACUCUAUUACUGAGAUAGCACAGAUCAACCUCAGUAAGGGAGAUCCCACACGGGGUCUGAAGGACCCUUUUUUUCUGUGCUUGUUAAACAACAGCAAGAACACAACAAAAGAGAAGCUCCCCCCACAUUGCAGUUCAUCACUGUCUCACCUGGAAGCCUUUGUUUCAGUUGACUUUAUUUCAGGAUGCCCCUCACCCUGAGCCUCCCAUAGCUGAUCCCAGAUCCCUCUGGCCUCCUUAAUCCAGUUCAGAAAUGUACAGAAAGUUUACUCUAAACUGUACUGUGGUUAUGAACAGGUUGUUUCCCAACUGCCACUGCCCCAGGGCACUGCAAAGCAAUGCCAGCAGUCCACAUUAGCUUAGUGCCAUGUUACUGGUUGUCUUUUUCUACUGUAAAACCAUAGGAAUCCUCCAGAAAAAUAAUUUUCUAUACAAAAAGUAACAAACAGCGUAAUGUUUGUGAUAUGGACCCAGUGAUUGUUACUGUAAAGGAAAGGAAACUUAUAAGGAGACUUUAACAAAGAACCUGUUCAAGCUCCACACUGCACUUCACAAAUUGUGUUCUCUCAAAAGAGGUGUAAUCCAAGUUCUCUUUGGGGAUACUCCAGACUCCCACUCAUAGAGCACAGCGAGCUACAGCAGCUGACUUUACUCAGGAGAGCUGAGCACUACUUACACAAUCUUUCACUUAGCACACACUGUACCUAUGUUUGAAGUAUGUCAAAGGAUUGAACUAGCUGAGCAACAGAACAGCAAGGAUCACUUUCAUACUUCCAUUUUCUCCUCUGGGCAUUUAAACUUCUGUUAUGAAAUCCAUAUGUAUCCAUCAGUGAAACUGUGGUAUCUAGUUCAGGCUGUCAUGGAUCUUACACUACUGAACUUUAGUCCUUCAGCAAGAAUGUGUUUCUAUUAAUAAAGAUUUACAACCAAA